CGAACUCCUUUUCCUUCCAGUCCGCGUGUAGUUGAUGUAGGUUACUGAAUUGAUUCCCUGCCUUUUUGUCGCUAUACUAGUUAGAUACACUGCUUCGUCAGAACUAUGUCGUUCAGUUUCAACUUUGAUGUGGAGUUAACGACAAAGGGGCAACAAGGUGAAGAAAGUAAACCACAAACUGGAAAGCAGGACUAUGCAGCCAAACCUAAUGUCCGUGGACUGGCGGAGACAGGCGCCGCGAAGCAUCCAGUACGGUAACGCGACCGAUCCCGGCGAAGCUGGCGGGAGCCCCGGGGAGAGUACUCUAUUCUUUGUGAAGGGCAGGGCACCCUGGAAUGGGUUCGCCCUGAGAAAGGGGCCCAAGCCCUGGAAAGCGUUGCGGUGUCCGGUGAGCUCUCCCUGGUCCUUGAAAAUCCAGGGGAGAGGGUGUAAUUCUCGCGCCGUACCCAUAUCCGCAGCAGGUCUCCAAGGUGAACAGCCUCUGGCAUGUUAUAACAAUGUGCCCGGCAACAACACCACUCCAGCAGAAACUGUCAAAGCAGCUGUUGAACACCAUCCCCCUGCAGAUCCCCACUUUCUCCUCAACGAUGCUGUCUCUGAGACUGUUACCAUAGGAACGCUUCCACCCCUCCACUUCCUGAAUGAGUCUGUGUUCGAGCGGACGGCCAGCGAGCGAGAUGACAACGAGAGGAUCCUGUCGCGGACCGCCGCCCAGAGCUCGGACCUCAUCUCCGGGGUGUACGAGGGAGGGUUGAAGGUGUGGGAGUGUACCUAUGACCUCCUGGAGCUGCUAGAGAGAGAGGGGGAGACGUUCGGGGGGAAGAUGGUUCUGGAUUUGGGCUGUGGUGCUGGACUGCUGGGCCUACUGGCGCUGAAGAGCGGAGCAAGUCAGGUCCACUUCCAGGACUAUAAUAGUACUGUUAUAGAACAGCUCACACUGCCUAACGCACUGCUCAACUGUCAGGUGGAAGGGGAGGAGGAAGAAGAGAAGGGGAGAAAGGGAAAGAAACGGGGGCUGCAGGAGGAGGACGAUGAGACAAUUAUAGAAGAGGACAAGGUGAAAAAGGAUGAAGAGGCAAAGUCAGAUGAGGAGAAGAAGAAUGAGCAGAAAAAAGAGGGAGAGUAUGGCAGCCCGUCGCCCAAGAGGCAAGCCCUGGACCCAUCCCAGCAUACGAAGCUGACCUGCUGUCGUUUCUUCUCGGGCGACUGGAUAACGUUCCUAGCGCUGGUCCUCAAGGAAGACCUGUUCCCUAAAUAUGACAUCAUCUUCACCUCAGAGACCAUCUACAACACGGCGUACUACUCAGCUCUUCACGACACCCUCCACAGACUGUUGGCCCCGAGGGGAGUGGUCUACCUGGCCACCAAGGCCCACUACUUUGGGGUGGGGGGUGGGCUGCAUCUAUUUGAACAGUUUAUAGAGGACAAGGGAGUGUUUGAUAUGGAGAAACUGUGGGUCGUGGACCAGGGGCUACAGAGACAUGUUGUGGCCAUGCACUUCAAAACAACAAACAAGUCUUGACUUUUUACUUUGUAGUUUCAAAGAACUAAAAAAUAUCAUAUUUUUCAAAUUAAUUUGUACUCAAUGCACCUGGAACUUCUAUGCUACCUAAGGUGUGCUAACUUCAAUCAGUUUCAAAUAUACUUUUUCCUAUAAAGAUCACCUGUGUGUCAAUUGGGACAAAGAAAAAGGACGUCCACAUAAUUAAAAUGACCGUAUGUUUGAUUGUUUGAUAGAUAAUGAAAAGACAUAGAAUAUUUAAGACUUACUGUAGGUAUGUCAGUCUGGCUUUUUUUUACCUUGGUGGUAAAACCUUGUAUGUCAAAUACUGUUGAUGUGCUUCACAAAAAGAAGGCAGAUUAUGGAGGAGUUUGAAUAUGUGCCAGUUGAAGAGGACAACAGGAUAGCUGCACUGAUGGAGGGAAAGAAGCAGAAGUCUGAUAAAGAAGAUUGAGGAGAUGAGCAGAUAUUCCAUUACCGUGGCACUAUUCCAUUGUUUCCAUGGCAGUGUGCAAACUAGGCCAAUAUCAAGCGUACCUAAAGUAUUUCAAAGUAUUUUGGCAAGUGUAUUUGGUGCAGGUCGGCUUUUAACAGGACAUUGCUUCUUGUGUUCUACAUACUGUAGAAGUUUCUGUACCGUACUUAAUGUUAACGUGAAAAUGUCUUCAACUCAGUUUCCAUUUGUUAUGUGUAUGUUUGUAAUACACUAUAAAGAAAA